GCAUACAAGAGCCCGCGCGUCGGGCCCCGGGAUCCACUGCUUCCCUCCGUGGCCCACCGGUCCCUUGUCUCUCGACCAUCUUGCUGUGCCCAUACUACGACUUCGCCGCCGCCGCGGGAGACGCCGACGAGCUGGUGUUUAAAGCCCUGCGGAAAGCUCUCACGUGCCCAGCUCUUCCUCAGGAGCCCAGGCCGCCUGUCACCCCAGUUCUUGCUGCUGGAGAGAAGCCAUGAGCUGCAUCCUGAAUGGCAUCAUCCCCUUGGGGCUGGUGCUGCUGGUCUGCGGAACCCACGGCUUUUUCCUGCCCAAUGUCACACACUUAGAGAAGCUGCUCAGCAAAUACCAGCAGGACGAGCCCCACUCCCGGGUCCGGAGGGCCAUCCCCAGGUCGGACAAGGAAGAGAUCCUCAUGCUUCACAAUAAACUGCGGGGCCAGGUGUACCCCGCAGCCUCCAACAUGGAGUACAUGACCUGGGAUGAAGAGCUGGAGAAGUCGGCGGCGGCGUGGGCCCACGAGUGCAUCUGGGAGCACGGGCCCACCAGUCUGCUGGUGUCCAUUGGACAGAACCUGGCCGUCCACUGGGGCAGGUAUCGAUCCCCUGGGUUCCACGUGCAGUCCUGGUAUGACGAGGUGAAGGACUAUACCUACCCUUAUCCCCAUGAGUGCAACCCCUGGUGUCCGGAGAGGUGCUCUGGGGCCAUGUGCACCCACUACACACAGAUAGUCUGGGCCACCACCAAUAAGGUUGGCUGUGCUGUGAACACCUGCCGGAGGAUGAACGUCUGGGGAGAUGUUUGGGAGAAUGCGGUCUACCUCGUCUGCAAUUACUCGCCAAAGGGAAACUGGAUUGGAGAGGCCCCAUACAGAAACGGCCGGCCCUGCUCUGAGUGCCCGCCCAGCUACGGAGGCAGCUGCAAGAACAACUUGUGUUACCGAGAAGAGACUUAUAACCAAAAACCUGAAACGGACGAGAUGAAUGAGGUGGAGACCGCUCCCGUUCCUGAAGAGAAACACGUCUGGGUCCAGCCGAGGGUGGUCAGACCUGCCAAACCCAAGAAAACGUCUGCCGUGAAGUACAUGACCCAAGUUGUCAGGUGUGACACCAAGAUGAAGGACAAGUGCAAAGGGUCCACAUGCAAUAGGUACCAGUGCCCAGCAGGCUGCCUGAACAACAAGGCAAAGAUUUUUGGAACUCUCUUUUAUGAAAGUUCGUCCAGCAUAUGCCGGGCUGCCAUUCACUAUGGGAUCCUAGACGACAAGGGCGGCCUGGUCGACGUCACCAGGAACGGGAAGGUCCCCUUUUUCGUCAAGUCUCAGAGAAAUGCUGUGGAGUCUUUGAGCAAAUACAAGGCUUCCAGCUCAUUCAUGGUGUCAAAAGUAAAAGUGCAGGACCUGGACUGCUACACCACCGUCGGUCAGCUCUGUCCAUUUGAGAAGCCGGGGACCCACUGCCCAAGAGUUCAUUGUCCAGCGCACUGCAAAGAUGAACCAUCCUACUGGGCUCCCGUGUUUGGAACCAACAUCUAUGCAGAUACGUCGAGCAUCUGUAAGACUGCUGUGCACGCAGGAGUCAUCAGGAAUGAGAGUGGGGGCUACGUGGACGUGAUGCCUGUCGAUAAAAAGAAGACGUAUGUGGGCUCGCUCAGGAACGGGGUCCAGUCUGAAAGCUUGAGGACCCCUCAAGACGGAAAGGCCUUCCGGAUCUUUGCUGUCAGGCAGUGAACUUCCAGUGCUGGGGAGAAGGGGCGUCUUCUAGAAGUCUUCGGGGUUUUGCUUUUUAUUUUUAUUUUAUCCUUUGGGGGUGGGCUGGGGAUAUGGAAAGUCAGGAAAGUUCCUUUGAGUGGUGUUCAAUGUCCCAUCCUUCAUGCUCUAGUCUCAUUUCCGCACCGUGGAGAAACAGUGUCCGUGGGCACCUGGCUGGACAACUGGUGACCGGUCCUGCUGAGGCCUGGGGGUCUCCAUCUGGGUGCCCUCUCUGCACAGUCACCUGAGAAAGUCCUUCCCGUGUGUACUUUUUUUGGGGGGAGGGGGUGGAGAGAGGAUUCCAAACCUGCAGAGAGGGCACCGGCUUUGGAACUCACCGGGUAAGGUGUUCAGGCGCAUGGAAAGGCAUACUGAGCACUCAUGGCGGGGAGUUUCAGGAAUGGGGUAGAAGGUAGCUAUUUAAAAAAUUACAAACCACAGUCCAUCCCUACCAGUGGAGAAAAAUGGGUUUAAUGUUUGCUGGUCAGACAAAUGGGCCGGAACAGGGGGCCAGGGAAGUAAGACUCAGGCUCUAUCCUGGCACCCAUCCUUGCUAGCGUCCUGCCACGAGCAGGCUGGUUCUAUAUACAGCAGUGCUGGUUUAUUUAGAGUUCAGCAGUAACUCCAAAGAUUUAUCUUGUCUUUGUCGUUCCCUUCACCCACGUGGUCCAUCUGUUUGCUGCCGUGACUUUUGGUCUCGUUGAGGACUAAUGAACCAGGAUCCUUUUUUUUACCCCCUCCCCAUUGUGGCUCCCGCACCUGCCCCGACGAGUUUACGUGUCCUGUUUCACAGCGGGGUCUUUCCUUUGCAAGCGAUUCUGUUUGAAGCCCCACUUUUUUAUUUUAAACUCCUCGCCUCUGUUGGUUCCACGGAGAUGUCUAAGAACAGCCAAAGAAGGGCUGUUCGGUUGCUGCUUUUAAAAAAAAUGACAAACGUGCAGAUUGUGCUUCCAUCCGAUGACCUAUUUUUUAGGAGUGGGAGGAAUGGAUUCCUUAGUGCCUUCCUUGCCGAAGUUAGCAGCUUUGGGGAGAGGAACGGUCUGUGGUUAUGAAACCAUCCUGCGGUGUAAUAACAACAAGAAAGGGUAACACUCUAGAAGGAUUUCUCUUCCUGUUUUUGUGGAACAGCGCUUGCCAAAUGUUCCCGAGGCUCCGAGGAGCGUGGUGCUCUCUGGCUUCCAUCACUUUAUAAAAGUUCUUCAUAAGCCCAGACCAAAAACCCACAGUGAAAUCAAAUCCACUUUUGUAAAUAGCGUUUCUUUACGGAAGGUAAAAUUCCACCCUCCAGCGCAAGCCUGGCCAAUAGAACACUUUGGUGAGUGCCAGGUUCAAAGUUGAUUUCACUCUCCAUCAAAAUAUUUCAAAGACAAAGGCAUCCGCAGAAAAAGAAAAAAAUGGUGUGUUGUUGAGUGCAGUCCUAAUUAAUGCAAAAACUGACGGUAGAUAGCUACUCCCCUCCCCCCUUUAGGGAGUUUGAAUAAACAAUGAAGCUCUGAGCUCCUCAGAGCUGAAAUUUGUGGGACUGUUUUUGUUGUGUGUACUGUGGGGCUUGUAGUCAUUCAUUGGUUCUGACUGUUCACCUCAAAUGUCAGAGUGAAAGCAUUUGGUCCGCUUGUCAGAUACUGUGUCUGGUUACCACCAAAGAUCUGAGUACUAGGAAAUUUCUGGAUAUUAUGUGUUGGUGCUACUGGACUUCUGCUUGUCAUCAGCCCUUUGUGGCUGUGGCUGUGGUUAUGUCGAGCCUGCAAGGCUGGGUGUUUAGAAUUAGUGACAUCCAGGGGAAUUUCACUGGGUUUGCUUUUGAAGCCUCGUGCUGGAGGCAGAAUUCUGAAACUUUCAGAGUGAAUCGACUCCAUCGUUUUCAAUUAAAUUCCCGGGUUCCUGAAUGCCUCAUUAAGCAGACCCAUCGAAUAACAUAGAAAGUUCUCACCCAGAGCCAGAUCUUGUGUCUUUUUCAUCUUCACGAACAUUUUGAAACUGGAACUAUUUUUCUUCUGAAAAUGGAAACUAAGAUUACAAAUAAUCAGCCCUUGUAAUCAGGGACCACCUCUAAUUUUGUGUUUAACAGUGUCUAUUGCACCAUCAGCACUUAACCCAUAAAAAGAUGGUAAAUUAGGCCAACCGUGUUUCUGGGUCUCCUGCCCACAAAAUGAAAAGUUUCAGUGCCUUUUAGAUUUUUGUCCCACCGUGUUCUGAGAUUUCAUAUUGUCUGUAGGCUCACUCAGCCCGCAGCUUAUGUGUGUGCUUUUUUCUAUGAAAAAUGAUGUAUUUUACUACUUCCUAUGUACAAACGUUUAUUGUAAAAAAAAAAAAAAUGUGCUUUGCAUAAACAGGGACCACAUUGCUGUUGUUUCAAUAAAACUGGUUUGAUUUCUAAAACUUUUCUGUGCCAUAUCUUUUAUGGACAA